GCAGGUGGCUACUGGUCAAGGCGCAGGAGCAGGACGGCGAAGAUGAGGUUAAAGGCAUUCUGGGAGCUGCAGGAGCGUUGGAAGAUCUCGGGCGGCGUCUGCAGAGUUUUCUGUCUCAGCAGGGCUCCGGCGACAGCGUACGAUAGCCAGCAUUGGAAAAAGGGAUUUUUCUUUGGGACCUGGGGCCUGAACCGAGUCAACCCCGCAAUGAUUCGCAAAUACUCUACGAUCGCAGAGAGUUUCCCAGGGCUCCAGGGAUGGAGGGCCGCUUCUCUGGGGAGGUCCACUCAUCUCCAGAAUGAGCAGCAGCCUCCGAAGAAUCCAGAGAAGGGCUUUUGGAGAAGCCAGCAAGCCGGAUCUGGCGGUGGAGCAACUCCAGCGGUUUCUUACAAAGUCCGAGUGGCGACCGGGAGUUCUUGGGGGUCGGGGACCUUUGACUCAAUUUCCAUCACCCUAGUGGGCUCAAAGGGCGAGAGCCCCAAGCAGCCGCUCAACAACAUGGGGAAGGACUUCAUCCCAGGCGCGGUGGAUGAGUACAAGGUGUCCAGCGACCAAGAGCUAGGCCCGGUCUUGCUGAUCCGUCUCCACAAGGAGCCCUACCAAUUCUUCCCAGAGGACAGCUGGUACUGCAACUUCGUCCAGUUGACCACGCCGCAAGGAGAGACCUAUCACUUCCCCUGCUACCAAUGGAUCGAGGGCUACCGAACCCUGGAGCUGAGGGAGGGGACAGGCAAACUGGUUUGCGACGAUGGAGAUAUUCCAUUGCUUCUGAAUCAUCGGAAGGAGGAGGUCAAGGCGAGACAAGGCGCUUACAGGUGGGCUGUGUUUGCUCCGGGGAUGCCUCGGUGCCUGGCGGUGGAGAGCCUUGAGGAAAUGGACACCAACAUUAAGUUCUCCUUCACCAAGCUGAGUAACUUCAUGUUACGCUCAAAGCUCACGGUGCUGGAGAUGAAGUUAAAGGGAUUCAUGAAGUGCCAAAGCUCCUGGAAGAAACUGGAAGACAUUCGCAAAGUUUUCUGGUUCAACAGGACCCCUGUUUCGGAGUACGUUGCUGACCACUGGCAAGAAGAUGCUUUCUUCGGCUACCAGUAUCUCAACGGCGUCAACCCCGUGGUGAUCGAGAAAUGCACAGAGAUCCCGUCCAACUUCCCCGUCACCCAGGAGAUGGUAGCUGGAUCCCUUGGGAAAUCCAUCGCCCUCCAAGAAGAGGCACAGAAGGGGAACAUCUACAUUGUGGACUAUAAGAUCCUACAGGACAUCCCGACGAACACGAUCGACGGCCAGCCCCAGUACAUGGCAGCCCCGCUCUGCCUCUUCUACCAGACACCUUCCGGGGAUCUUGUUCCCAUAGCGAUCCAGCUCAGCCAACGCCCAGGCCCUGAGAACCCCAUCUUCCUUCCCAGUGACCCCAUGUGGGACUGGACGCUGGCUAAAAUGUGGGUGCGGAACGCCGACUUCCACGUCCACCAGAACAUCUCCCACCUCCUCCGGACGCACCUGAUGGCCGAGGUCUUUACUAUGGCCACUUUGAGGCGUUUGCCCAUGUGCCACCCACUCUUCAAGCUCCUGAUUCCUCACUUGCGAUACACCCUCCAGAUCAACACUUUAGCCCGGGUGAGGCUCAUCAGGGAAGGUGGCAUGAUGGAUCAGGCCACCUCGGCAGGUUUCGAAGGGAUCGGGCCCAUCGUGGAGAAAGGCAUGCGCGCGCUGACCUACUCCUCCCUCUGCCUCCUGGAGGACAUAGAGGCCCGCGGAGUUGCCUCCGUCGCCAAUUACUACUACCGGGAUGAUGCGACGAAGAUAUGGGCGGCCAUAGAGAGCUUCGUGAGAGGCGUGGUCAGUUUCUACUACCAGAACGAUGCCCGUGUCCAAAGCGACCCAGAGCUCCAGGCUUGGGUUCAGGAGAUCUUCAGGGAAGCCUUCCGAAACAGAGAAACGUCAGGCGCCCCCUCGUCUCUGGGGACAAUGGAAGACCUCACAAAGUUCCUGACAAUGAUGGUUUUCACCUGCUCAGCCCAACACGCCGCUGUCAACAGUGGUCAGUUUGAUUACGGGGCAUGGAUCCCCAACAUCCCGCCCACCAUGAGAAGACCCCCGCCCACCGUGAAGGGCACAGCGACCUUGGAGAACAUCCUUGAUACCAUUCCUCAGGUCAACGUCACCUGCAUCGCCCUGAGUUCCCUGUGGCUGCUUAGCAACGAAGUGGGAGACAGGAGACCUCUGGGAAUUUUUCCAGACCAGCAUUUCACUGAGGAGGAGCCCAAGCGGCUCAUCGGAGUCUUCCAGAAUCACCUGGCUGAGAUUUCAGAGGGAAUUGACAAAAGGAACAAAGCACUGGACCUGCCGUACACCUAUAUCAACCCCCUUCUCGUCGAGAACAGCGUCUCUAUUUAGGUCUCGGGCGAUGAUCAAGCCUCAUCACGAAACUCUGCCGUGUGCCUGGCUCCAA